AUGGGCGAUAAGGUGGAGACGGUUGCGAGAUUAGCCCAGUGGAAAAUCGACAACGUCGGACUUUCUUCGUACAAGAAGUCUGAACCUUUCAAGGUCGGAAUUUGGAACUGGUACUUCUCAAUUGUGAGGAAUAUGUUCCUCUACAUACAUCUUUUUCCGGAACCUUCUCAGGUUUCUAAGGAUUACCCACCCUUUGCUCGAUUCAUUAUUCGAGUCUCCAAUGCGGGCUCAUCUAGCAGCUUUCAAAUUUCCCCUGUUCAAGAAAAGCUUCUCAGGACACGUGAUGACUUUUUCUGGCCUGUGGAUACUAGUUUUGUUGGUCGCUUCAUCAUUGAUGUUGAGUUUCUAGACCUGAAGAUAUGCCCUCGGAAUGGUGGAGAAACUACUUGUGUAUGGCCAUCUGAUGGGAAUGUGCUAUCUAUUGCAUCCCCAAGAAGCAGUCUUCGUGGCCUCUCUCGCAUGCUUGAUGAUGCUAUACAUGCUGACCUAACCCUCGUCACUGCUGAUGGCACAUUGGGAGCUCAUAAGGCAGUUCUCUCAGCUAGUUCUCCGGUGUUCCAGAGCAUGUUUCAUCACAACCUGAAGGAAAAAGAGUCUUCUACAAUCCAUAUAGAAGACAUGUCACUUGAAUCCUGCACGGCUUUUAUAAGUUUCUUGUAUGGAACAAUCAAGCAAGAAGAUUUCAGGCAACACCGGCUUGUAUUGCUUGGAGCUGCACAUAAAUACGACAUUGGUGGUCUCAAAGACAUCUGUGAGGAAAGCCUUCUGGAAGAUCUCAACACAGGAAAUGUUCUUGAGAUGCUAAAUGAGGCUUGGUUUUAUCAAUUGCACAAGUUAAAGAAAGGAUGUUUGGUGUUCCUGUUUGAAUUUGGCAAGAUACAUGAUAUUAAAGAUGAAAUGAAUAAUUUUGUCCAACAUGCAGAUAGGGAGCUAAUGCUUGAGAUGUUUCAGGAGGUGCUUUCAGCUUCGAACCUUGUAUAA